AUGCAAUCUAUUAAAGUUAAUUACAUCACUCCUGACGAGUUGUAUCAACUUGUCGACUUCAAAAACAUCGAUGUCACCAAAGUGAUUCCAGGCUUUGAUCCAUCAGCUGGUUUCAUCCUCAGCUCGCCAGCAUACUUCACCCCACCUGAGGAAAAUCAACAACCUGUCAUUCAAUGUGACACUCCAGCUACAUUACCAUCGCCAUCAUCGUCACCAUCACCAACCCAAACUGAACUGGAAAAGCCAUUUGUCAGUCAAGUUGAAACUGGAGCAUCAUUACCAUCAGCAGAUAGAGAAAACCCAUCAGCUGUAGACUUGAAUACAGUUGAGCCUCCAAGAUCAUCACCACCAAUCAAUACUGAAGUGCAGGAAGCAGUUGCCAAAUUUGGCAUUGUCGAGAAAUUAUCUGAAGUUUCACCACCAUCACCACAAUUUCCAUCAAUCUCAAAAGCUGAACCAUUUGAGAACAGAAACUUGAGAACAGAGAUUGAUGAGUUGAGUCCACGUGAACUUGAAGCCAAGGACCAAGUGAGUGAGGAUGAUUUUGAAGGAUGUGAAUUGGCUUUGGACUUGUCAAUCAACAUGGAAAGUAAUACUGAAUUGCGUCAAAACUUGGAUCCUUGGUACACUGUGAACGUCUUGAUGGAAGAUGAGUGUCCAUCUGUGCAACACAUGACAUUUGGCGAGUGUCCUGCUUGGUUGACGCAACAGCCAAAUCAACGCGUAAACGAGAAAUUGUCCAUUAAAGCAUUCCAAGAGUUAAUAAACACCACAUGCAACAGCAACAACAACAACAACAACAACAACACCAAUACCGUCAGCAAUAAAGGCAAAGACAGUAGCAUUGGCUGCAGUGAGGAGAGAAAUGGUGCAGCUCCGAUCAGUCCAGACAGAGAUGAAGAAAUUGAGAAUAAAGACUGUUCAAGUUCAGUAUACCUGGAUCCAGAUGAUCACGAACCACGCCAGAAAGAAGAAGCAGAGGUGGCCAAUGAUGUAGCAGAAGUUGACCAUACUUCCGAAGAAAGUUCAAAUGGCAAUGAAGCUGUUGUUGAUGUACUUGAGAAUCCACACAUCAAUGAAGAACAUUCAACUGAAAAUGAAGUUGCUGAAGUUGUUACACCCACAGAGGAAACAGUAUACUAUAUGAAUCCAAGAGACUGCAUUAUGUACUUGGGUGUUUCGCACAUCAAUCCAAAUUAUGGGCAUUAUUACGUCAACGCUAGUGACAUAUUUUCAGAUAUUAAUCCCACAUUGCAACCAUUCCGAAUGGUGCCAGAUGGAGUAAGGAUCACCCCUGUGCCAAAUGUUGGACCGCCUGAGUUUUUAGAGUCAGGCACUGAAUAUGUCGUUGAUGAAGCUCAUGAGCUCAAAAAGAGAAAAGUCAAGUUUGCAAACGAGAUCCACACGAGAGAAGAAACAGACAGUGAGAUCAUAGACAAGAAGGGAUUGAUAUCAAUGUGGCGGCCUGCGGAGAUUAUCAAGCGGGAGCCGAAACCGGAGCCAAAGCCAAAGCCAAAGAAGAGGCACUUGUUUUGGCAAAAAUGCAAGAGAAAGCUCAGAUUGGGCAAAUCAAACAAGAUACAGAGCGGUAUGAUCCUGACUUCAAACUUGGAUUUGGACCUGAAUUCGAAAUUAAUGUCGGUCUUGAAAAAACCUACAGUGGAGGUUGAGGAAGCAACAGGGUUGAGACGAUGCAAGUCAUGCAUCAUAUUGGACGCUCCAGAACUCAAGAAAGAGGACGAGCGUCCCAAAAUCUAUCAGAGAGUCACUCGACCCAAUUCUUCUUGA